GUUUAAACCAGAGUUUCUGGAUACUGGCGAAUAAGGAAUAGGUGUGUACAAAUGCAUCGUAAGAAGCAAAUUCAUUUUUUUAAUGACAGAUUUUUCUAGUGAUGAACACUGAUGCUUCUGAACAAGGUGCAUCGGACUGCAUGGAAAUCCGGAUGACAGAAGACGAGUUAAGAAAAGGGUCCUCUGUAGCAUUCUGCGAAAUCUGUUCGCGGACAUUUGCAAACAACAAUGCAUUCCGUCUGCACCAAGUGAAAACGCAUAACUGUAUAUGUGGGAAGGCCGAUUUGGCUUUGUUUCAUCGGAAACGAAUUACAUCAGGGGCUGAAAAGCAUUAUUUCUGUCCUGUCAUUGGUUGUCGGUAUAACACUGGUCGCUUUUUCAGUGCUUAUAAACUUCUUCAUCAACAUUUUUUCAAAGUUCACGGUGAAAAGCGUUUUAGAUGCGAUAAAUGUAAAACGGCAAGAUUCAGUUUGCAGCGUGAUCUAUCAUACCAUCAAAAAAAGCGGUGUUUGUUGAAGGGAGGAAUAAUGUAUAAUUGUACUACCUAUACGUCAACAUUAAUUGGAAUGAAAUCAAAUUACGCAGAAGUAGAAAGGCGUCCAGAAAAAUUACUCACUAGAAACCACGAUCAAAAUAUGGUCUCUACAAUGUCUGAGAAUAAAGUUACAAAUGUCGUCAUCAUCAAUGUGAAUGACGUCCAUGCCAGUGUCGCAUCAUCUUUCAGAGGAAUCCACCCGAAACCAAAAUUUCGAACGACAAAAAGCAGCCAAACAGAUUAUAUGAAAUGUUAUGAUAAAUCGGUUAUGUGUCAUGCAGGUUCACAGACGACACAGUGUAGUACUUGCGAAUUCUCCACGCCGGUGUUGCACAAGUAUAACGAUUCCCACUGCCAAACGCAUAUUGCAAGCGGAGUUGAAUUUGGUACGCAGAUCUACCCGGAAGACGUAGCUAGCGGUGAUCUUAAUGUAAAACACAAUAAGACACACAAUGAGUUUGAAUUCGAAGAUAUUUGGCGUCAUAUCGAAACACAAACUUCCACUUUUACUGGUAAUGAUGCACUGACGCAAACAGCUAUAGACUUCAUGGAUAGUGCAAGCAUGACUGAUUGGGACCUGUUGAUUUGAUGAGGUACGCUGAUGAAUUAUCGCUUUAGCGAGCCGUUGCUUAAUUUAUUACUUGAAGUAUGAGAACCUGUACUCACUUCACUCCAAAUUAUUUUGAAAUAAUGAGUAGACGUUUUGAAAAUUACAACAAAUCAUUUCCUCGCUUAUUUCUGAGUCAAGCCUAAAAUUCCUAAAAUUCCUUGACCCUUCGAAAAAUUCCUGCAAGCAAUUUUCAGGAAAAUAGCUGCAUUUUAGAAA